UCGGCUCGGCACGGGUUGCCAUGACAAGCAUUUUCUCCCGCUAGCUCCGGGUCCGUUCCCUUUAUAUCCCCCCCCUUUUCCCUUCCCCUUCUUCCCAUGGCCAGCCCAGAGGGCUCCGUUGCCAAUCGGGCGCUGCAGGGAUCGAGCUCCAGUUGCUGUGGUAUCCAGGGAGCCCUCCUCCUUCUGCAGGAGAUGCACGCUGGUCGUUGCUAAGGUCGCCUCCGCGGUAACAUGCACAUCCUGUUUACACCUUUAUCCGGAGAAGUUGGGCUCGGAUAGAGGCACCUGCAUCACCCGGGCAGCCCCCAGGGAAGGGGCCGUCCCGAGCAUCCCCUCCACAGAGCCUCGAAGGAAGGUGCUGCAGGAGCCACCGGCCGCAAGAUGACGAACAACGUGGCCGACCACCACCCCGGGAACUCGGUUGCUGAAGGCAACCAUGAGGGGGACUUUGGUUGCUCCAUGGUGGAGCUCAGGAACCUCAUGGAGCUGAGGAGCGCCGAGGCGGUCGCCCGGCUCAAUGACUCCUAUGGCAGUGUGCAGAACGUCUGCAAGAGGUUGAAGACGUCGCCGGUUGAAGGCUUGUCUGGGAACCCGACCGACCUGGAGAAGAGGCGGCAGGUCUUCGGGCAGAACUUCAUUCCUCCCAAAAAGGCCAAGACGUUCCUGCAGUUAGUGUGGGAAGCGCUGCAGGAUGUCACGCUCAUCAUCUUGGAAAUCGCAGCCAUAGUCUCCUUGGGGCUGUCCUUCUACCACCCGCCGGGUGGUGACAAUGAACUGUGUGGCCAGUCUGCGGGGGGCGUGGAGGACGAGGGCGAGUCUCAGGCCGGCUGGAUCGAGGGGGCAGCGAUCCUGUUCUCGGUGAUCAUCGUGGUGCUGGUGACCGCUUUCAAUGACUGGAGCAAGGAGAAGCAGUUCCGGGGCCUCCAGAGCCGCAUCGAGCAGGAGCAGAAGUUCACGGUCAUUCGCAAGGGGCAGGUGAUCCAGAUCCCCGUGGCAGAGAUCGUGGUGGGAGACAUCGCGCAGAUCAAGUACGGUGAUCUCCUGCCAGCGGAUGGGAUCCUGAUCCAGGGCAAUGACCUGAAAAUAGAUGAGAGCUCCCUGACGGGGGAGUCAGACCAAGUGAAGAAAUCCCUGGAGAAAGACCCCAUGCUGCUCUCAGGUACCCAUGUGAUGGAGGGCUCUGGCAGGAUGGUGGUGACUGCAGUGGGUAUCAACUCCCAGACAGGAAUCAUCUUCACUCUUCUGGGGGCAGGAGAAGGAGAUGAGGAGAAGAAGGUGAAGAAAGGUAAAAAAAGCGGAGCCCCCGAAAAUCGCAACAAAGCUAAAACUCAGGAUGGUGUGGCCUUAGAGAUCCAGCCCCUGAAGAGCCAGGAAGGGGUGGAAAAUGAGGAGAAGGAGAAGAAGAAGGUGAAGGUGCCUAAGAAAGAGAAGUCUGUGCUGCAAGGGAAGCUCACACGCCUGGCAGUCCAGAUUGGGAAGGCGGGGCUGAUCAUGUCAGCCAUCACGGUCAUCAUCUUGGUGCUGUACUUCGUGAUCGACACGUUUGGGGUGCAGCGGCGGCCCUGGCUGGCAGAGUGCACCCCCAUUUACAUCCAGUACUUCGUCAAGUUCUUCAUCAUUGGUGUCACCGUGUUGGUGGUGGCUGUGCCUGAAGGGCUCCCGUUGGCAGUCACCAUCUCCUUGGCCUACUCUGUGAAGAAAAUGAUGAAGGACAACAACCUGGUGAGGCACCUGGAUGCGUGUGAGACCAUGGGCAAUGCCACCGCCAUCUGCUCGGACAAGACGGGCACGCUCACCAUGAACCGCAUGACGGUGGUGCAGGCUUAUGUGGGGGAUACCCACUACCGCCAGAUCCCUGAUCCCGAAGCCAUCCUGCCCAAGACCCUAGACCUCAUUGUCAACGGUGUCUCCAUCAACUCAGCUUACACAUCCAAGAUCCUGCCACCCGAGAAGGAAGGCGGGCUACCAAGGCAAGUGGGGAACAAGACCGAGUGUGCCCUGCUGGGUUUCGUGCUGGACCUGAAGCAGGAUUACCAGGCUGUGCGCAAUGAGGUGCCAGAGGAGAAGCUCUACAAGGUCUACACCUUCAACUCGGUGCGCAAGUCCAUGAGCACGGUCCUGAAGAACAGCAACGGCGGCUUCCGCAUGUACAGCAAAGGAGCCUCCGAGAUCAUCCUCCGCAAGUGCACCAAGAUCCUGGACAAGAACGGUGACCCCCGGGUGUUCAAGGUGAAGGACCGGGAUGAGAUGGUGAAGAAGGUGAUUGAGCCCAUGGCCUGCCACGGGCUGCGCACCAUCUGCCUGGCGUUCCGGGACUUCCCUGCUGAUGCCGAGCCUGACUGGGACAGCGAGAACGAGAUCCUGUCUGACCUCACCUGCAUUGCUGUGGUGGGGAUAGAGGACCCUGUGCGGCCAGAGGUGCCAGAUGCCAUCCUGAAGUGCCAGCGUGCCGGCAUCACUGUGCGGAUGGUGACUGGGGACAACAUCAACACCGCCCGUGCCAUCGCCACCAAGUGUGGCAUCCUACUACCCGGGGAGGACUUCUUGUGCCUGGAGGGGAAGGAGUUCAACCGCCUCAUCCGCAACGAGAAGGGAGAGGUGGAACAGGAGCAGUUGGACAAGAUCUGGCCCAAGCUGCGUGUGCUGGCGCGCUCCUCCCCAACAGAUAAGCACACGCUGGUGAAAGGUAUCAUUGACAGCACCAUUGGUGACCAGAGGCAGGUGGUGGCUGUGACUGGGGACGGGACCAACGAUGGCCCAGCUCUGAAGAAAGCUGAUGUUGGGUUUGCUAUGGGCAUCGCAGGCACAGACGUGGCGAAGGAGGCUUCGGACAUCAUCCUGACGGAUGACAACUUCACCAGCAUCGUCAAGGCAGUGAUGUGGGGGCGCAACGUCUACGACAGCAUCUCCAAGUUCCUGCAGUUCCAGCUGACCGUCAACGUGGUGGCCGUCAUCGUGGCCUUCACGGGGGCCUGCAUCACGCAGGACUCGCCGCUGAAGGCCGUCCAGAUGCUGUGGGUGAACCUGAUCAUGGACACCUUCGCCUCCUUAGCCCUGGCCACCGAGCCCCCAUGUGAGUCCCUGCUGCUGCGCAAGCCCUAUGGCCGCAACAAGCCGCUCAUCUCCCGCACCAUGAUGAAGAACAUCCUGGGGCAUGCCGUGUACCAGCUUGCCAUCAUCUUCACGCUGCUCUUCGCAGGGGAGAGGUUCUUUGACAUCGACAGCGGCCGCAAUGCCCCGCUGCACUCCCCGCCCACCGAGCACUACACCAUCGUCUUCAACACCUUUGUCAUGAUGCAGUUGUUCAACGAGAUCAACGCCCGCAAGAUCCACGGCGAGAGGAACGUCUUCGAGGCCAUUUACCGCAACCCCAUCUUCUGCUCUGUGGUGCUGGGCACGUUUGCAGCUCAGAUCCUCAUUGUGGAGUUUGGGGGGAAGCCGUUCAGCUGCUCCGGCCUCACCCUCAGCCAGUGGUUCUGGUGUAUUUUUAUCGGAGUGGGAGAGCUCCUCUGGGGCCAGCUCAUCUGCACUGUCCCAACCAGCCACCUGAAGUUCCUCAAGGAAGCUGGGCACGGCAUCACCAAGGAGGAGAUCCCAGAGGAGGAGCUGCCUGAAGACGUGGACGAGAUCGACCACGCUGAGAUGGAGCUGCGGCGCGGGCAGAUCCUGUGGUUCAGGGGUCUCAAUAGGAUACAGACACAGAUGGACGUAGUUUACACAUUCCAGACCGGCGCCUCCUCUUUGCAGGGAGCCCUCAGGAGACAGCCUUCCAUCGUGAGCCAGCACCACGAUAUCAAAGUGGUGAAUGCGUUCCGUAGCUCCUUGUACGAAGGCCUCGAGAAACCCGAAUCCAGAAGCUCCAUCCAUAACUUCAUGACUCACCCAGAGUUCAUCCUGGAGGAAGACGAGCCUCGAACACCAUUCCUUGAUGGCGCUGAAGACGACCCUGAGACUGACGGACUCAAGAAGCGAGGUGGGGGUAUCCUGGGUGGAUCUACACCCCUCAACAGAAAUAACAAUGCAGUGGACAGCGAUCAAGCUGAGCUCACCGUCCCGGAGCCCGAAAGCCCCUUACACAGCUUGGAGACAUCAGUUUGACCUUAGAACAUUGAACCCCCUCUCCUCCUCUACCUUCGCCCUGUGUGACACCGGCACCAGUAACUGAUCACACACUGCGGUCACUUCGUGUCAAACUGCUCAUACGUAUAUCAUUUUGGUGUUUCAUUUUGGGGGGGGUUGUUUUGAUUUGGGGGUUUUUUUGUUUCUUUUUUUUUUUUACCAUUAUUUAGCAGUGGAAACCAGAGUACCACCAUACUGGGUGUUGGGAGAGCGGCGAAGCCAAACUUAUGCAUCUCCAUCCCUCAUUUUCAGUGGUACUCGCCCAAGUGAAGCAGCCAGGUUAUUUCCUCUCUGAGAGUUGGGCUCCAUGUGUCUGGUGGGGGGGGGGGGUUCACGUUGCAAAAUGCAUGUUCAAAAGAAGUUCAAGUUGUUGUAGUCUUACACGCACGUGCUCAGCCUCAGGGCUGGGAGCAUUUGAGACUUUGAUUUUUAUUUCUUCUUUUUCUUUUAGGGUUCGGUUGGUUUUUUUUCAACCACUUGUGGUUUUUAGGGUUUUCUUCUAAUGUUGGGGUUUGUUCUUUGCUUGUGGGAUUUGCCCCCAAGAACUCCACAGUGGGAAGUGGGGGAGAAAUGACAAAUAAAUGAAAAACCAACCCAGCCAGGGGAAGGUGUUUACUCACAGGUUUGACAGAUACAGGGAUGUAUACACCAGUCUUCCACCUUGAAAAUGGUACCUAGCUUUUGCAGUUCCUCCUCCAUGUGUGUGCACACACACUCCUCUCUCUGUUUCCAAAGUGUCAUUGGUAGAUAAGGAAUGAAGGUGACUUGGCUGUAACCUUGCUGGAUGUAAAAGCUUCUGGUUUCUCUACAAAGCAUGGUGGAGGUGAACUGGCAGGGGAAGGAUGGUGAAGAAAAAGCCCAUGGUUGUGAGAAGGGCUCCUUCCUGGGGAGUCUUAGAGAUUCAUCUCUUCUGCUUUUGAAGAGCUGUGAAGGGGAGAGCCUUGCAAAGGCUGAACAGCUCCUGCCAGCAAGAGCAAAGGGACUUCUACCCAUUCUGGCAUGUCUGUGCUGUUGGGUUAAAUAAUCCUUUUGCCUUGGAGUACAAGCUCUAGUUAACUGCUGAGGAACACCAGAUGAUGCUCCAGCCAUGUCCACCAGCAAUGCGCAUCGCUGCCCAAGCGUUAGCAGGCUGAGUGGAGAGCAAGCAUCAGCUUAUUGACACUCCAGUGGGUCAGCCUCUUGAUUGUGGAAGGGGUAAGUCAGGUUCAGGCUUUAGCCAGUGGAAGGGGAGGAAGCUCUAGCACCCAUGGCAGGACCCUUGAUUUGCCCGAGGUGCAGGUUGGGUGGUUGGCUGCAGGUCUUCCAGUGAAGGUGCUGCAUGGGAGGCUUUGCCUCACUUCCUACUUUCUUGAAGGUCAUCUCUUCACCUUGCAUCCUGCCUCACCUUGGUCUCUUGUAACUCUUUGGCAGCAGUCCUGUUUUAAUGGACCAGAGGCCCUCAGUAUCCUCUGAACUUGACCCUCUCGUGAAGCCAUGGGACUGAGCAGGAGGCAGCAGUUUGCUUUGCUUAGGCUUAGUUUCUUCCCCUUGCUGGUGCACCCCUGGUUACUGGCCCCAGGCAGGCAGGGCUGGAGGAAGCUCCGCUGCUUUCUCUCCUUCAUCCUGCUUGGCUUGGUUGGAAGCAGAGAGAAUGUGGUUGUAACUGGCUGUACAUCAUUGUGUUUGCCUAGCCUCCAUCCCUGGAAGCAGAGAGCUUUGAGCGAGAGGUGGGGCUGGCUGGUUUCUUCUUUCCUUUCCUUUCUGAACGCACAGCAGAAUCUCCCGUGCCUUCUCCAAGCACUGCCUGCAGCACCACCUGCCACGCGAGGGCCCAGUACUUUGCCAAGAAAUAAGUGUUCCUUAACCACCAACACAAACCAAGUGUCUUUGUUUUGUUGCCAGCCCAGCACCGCCUCGUCCCUUCCUUGGGGUGGGAGGAGGGAAGGACGAGCUCACCCCAUUCCUGCCCAGAGGAAAGGGCCUUCUCCCAGGUGUCCUGCCUCGGUGCUGGCAAAGGGGGUGAAGGCUGGGCUCUACACUGCCAACAGCAAGAAGAAAUUGCCACCACUGCCCAUCUCAAUUGAAAAUUCAGUGUCAAGGCCCCUGCCCUCCCCAUUCCUUUCAUACAUGAGCUGAGACCUACCCUGGGCAGGGCAGGGGGGGCAUUACCCACAAGUGGUGACAGGAGAGCCAAAAGGGGUGGUUGUGGGGUUUGGGGCUGUAUUAAAGGUGACAUUGCUUCAAAGAUCACUUUUUUUUUCUAUGUUAAAUAUUUGAGAAAAAAGAAAAAAAAAAAGGUAAAAAAACGGUGUUCUUACACAGAAAUAUUUAUUAAAUACUUUGGGGGGGGAAUUGCACCGAUUUUCUUUCUUUUGAUAUUUUUUUAAUACCUCAGACCUGUUGCAAAGACUUAAACCAACAGCAAAAAGCCAACUUUGGAGGCUCUCAAAGUCACUCCCAGAAGGUUGCCACAAGGGUCUGGUUGUUCUUGAGUUGAUCUAUUUUUGUUGUUCUAGUUUCCAUGUUGGGGGGGAGUGGGGGAGAAAGAAGAAUUCUAUAGAAAUAUUAUGCAAAAAAAAAAAAGAUAUAAAAAAAUAUAGUUUUCUUUAGCUCAGAAACGGAUAUUUUUACGUCAGCCAUAUGUAUUUUGUUUAAAAUACAAAAAAACUAACUAAGCCUUGAGUCGUGUGGCUGUGUGACAGCAGUUCACAGGCGGAUGCCAGUCAGCUUCCUUUUCUCCAAGCAGCCAUCUUUAUACUAGAUGUUAGUUGGAUGACAGAAAUGGGGUUUUUAUAUAUAUAUAUAUAAAUUAUGUUGGUAUGGCUGGUUGCUUAAAGUAUCAAACGUUUAUUGUGCAUACAUCCUUUUGUUUUUUCCCUGUAAACUAUGUUUCCUAUUUAGUUUCUGUGAUAUACUGGCAGCAGAUUGGGUUAAGUUAUUGAGGAUGUUACAAAAGAGUGGGGGGAGAUUGGUGCUCUACGUUGAAAGGCAUGGUCAAGCAGCAUGAACUUGUGGGGACUCUCUGCACCAUGCCUUGAAAAGGGGGAAAUAUAUAUAUAUAUUAUUAUUUUCUGCUUUGUUUGAACUGCCACGAGUGUGCACGGGGGGAGAGUGCCAUGCCCGACAGGAACCGAAGUCAUACCCUGUGCUCCGUGUUAACUUGCCUUGGAAUGCUUUGUUAUUAAAACACUCUGAACAUA